AUGCGAGCUGAAGCUUGGAACGCAACCACCGAUGCCACGCCCAUUUCGCACAGAUCCCAACCGUGUCGCUUGCGAAAGAUCAAGUGUAAGCCUGUUCUUCUCUUGCUCUUGGAUGUCUCAGCUCACUUGUACGCUUUGUUUCAGGUGAUGGGAAUCGACCUAGGUGCCAUCGCUGUCAACGAAGCUCGCGACCCUGUUCAUGGAGCGAUGGCGUCCGCCUGCCUCCCCGGAGAGCAGCAUCCUCAAACCAGCACGGCCAAUGCCUUGAUAUCCCGGAGUGACGAAUAUGUCUCAACUAGCGACCCCACGAAAGCGUUAGGGGACCCACGAGUAGCUCACAUAUUUCGAUCUUAUAUUGAUAAUCUAGCUGGCUGGUAUGAUCUGAAUGAUCGAAAACGCCAUUUCACAGACGUAGUUCCUAUCCUCGCAAGAAAGAAUGCCUUGCUCCUCAGUGCAAUACUGGCAUUCGCGGCAGCCAGCCAGAGCUCAUCAUCCGGAUCAACUCACGACAAAGAUCUAGCUGAUGCAUAUCAUCUCGAGAGCGUGAGAAGACUGUUGGCUCUCACGAAGCAUCCUGAUGAGUUCCGAACAGGAGAGACCUUGGCUGCGAUAUGUCUUCUUCGCUCAUACGAAAUUAUCUCGCAAAAUGUUACCUGCCAGAACCACCUUCAAGGGUCCUAUUCGUUGCUGGCGAGCCAUCCGAUAGAACUAGAGUCCGGACUGUUGAGUGCCGGCUUCUGGAACUACCUGAGAGAGGAUAUCACAGUCGCGCUCAUAGAAAAACGCAGCCUUAUGAUUCAGCUCCCGGAUGAACCACUGCCUAUGAAGACUGAAUGCGACGACGAUCUCGCAAAUCGGAUUACCUAUCUCUUAGGGAGGGUCAUCAACAGAUGUCUUCUACAUGAUGCUGUUCCCCUGGACCAAUGCGAGUGGGAGAGUCUGAGAGAUCAGCUCGAGGACUGGAGGACAUCUCUUCCUUCGUCAUUUGACCCCAUCCUUACACCGCAUAUGCUCCCCAAUAGUAAGUUUCCGAGUAUGUGGACGACGUCAGGCUGGCACGCUGCCGGAUUACAAUACUAUCAUACAGCGAUGAUAAUCCUAUGGCUUGCGGAACCUUGUCCUUCAUUGGUCAACACUCUGCAGCACAUCGAAAGAAUAAACAACCUGGAAGGCAAACUAGGGCACCACGCCACGAUUGUUUGCGCUUUGGCGUUGUCGAGUAGGUCUGCGCCUGUUUGGGUUAAUUCCUUUGGGCCUAUAGCUUUUUGUGGGCCGUGGCUUAAAGAUGCCCGGAAACUAAGCGAGAUCUUAGAUGAGAUGAGUAUUUGGGGGCAGAAGACGGGUUGGCCCGUGGAGAGUAUAUCCAAUUCUCUUUUAAAGAAUUCAGAAUAA